AUGUCCGCUUCUAUAAAACGAGGGAGCGGGGCGACUCCUUCGGGAAAAAAUGCGCACAGGAGUAAACUAGUCACCUCUAAAUUGGAAACAAAGGAUGUUUUGCAGCUUAAAUCUGCAGCUACAACUCGAAGCGAUAACAACGUAACUGAUCAAAAUGACGACGCAUCGGUUAUCGGCAGUGAGUUUUCCACUGGAAAGGUCUUUUACGAAAACACUUACAAGCUUUCCCCAGACGCAAAAAUGCCAGCUAAAAAAGUGGAGACCUUGGCUGAGACUAUCUUGAGAGAGCAAUUCAUGAACGACGUUUACGACGGUACCAAAUGCAAGGAAAAAUGCCAGAGCGUUUGUCAGCUUAUCAAGGACAAAGUCAAAGAGCUGGGGCCAUCGCGAUAUAAACUUGUAGUUGUUCUCCACGUCGGAGAAAAGAAGAGCCAAGGCGUCCAGAUCACGAGCCAAUGUGUGUGGAAUGACCAUUUUGAUAACUAUGUCACCGCAUACUUCACAAAUUCUACGCUUUUUGCCCAAGCAACAGUUUAUGCCUUGUACGUUGAAUGA